AUGUCCUUACUUUGGUCGUUAAAACAUUUCGAUGCUUAUCGAAAGCCAAUGGACGACUUUCGGGUCAAAACGCUGUCCGGAGGAUUAGUCACACUGAUAGCCACCAUAGUCAUAGGAUUGCUGAUUGUGUUAGAAACAAGACAAUUUCUGUCAACGGCGGUGCUGGAGCAUUUAUUCGUCGACUCAACGACGUCCGAUGAGCGGGUACACAUCGAAUUUGAUAUCACUUUCAACAAAUUACCGUGUAAUUUCAUCACUGUAGAUGUAAUGGACGUGAGUAGUGAAGCUCAAGAAAAUAUCAAUGACGACAUCUACCGUUUACGCCUCGAUGCUGAUGGUCGUAAUGUGUCGGAGAGUGCUCAGAAAAUUGAAAUCAAUCAGAACAAGACAAUCGGGGAGCCGACUGAGCUGGUUCAAGAAGUGAAGUGUGGUAGUUGUUACGGAGCGGUAGCAGAUGGAAUAUGCUGUAAUACUUGCGAAGAUGUCAAGAACGCGUAUGCUGUGAAAGGAUGGCAAGUAAAUAUCGAAGAGGUUGAGCAGUGCAAGAACGAUAAAUGGGUGAAAGAGUUCAACGAGCAUAAGAACGAAGGAUGUCGAGUGUAUGGAACAGUGAAAGUGGCAAAAGUCGCUGGAAACUUCCAUCUCGCUCCAGGAGACCCACACCAAGCCAUGCGAUCUCAUGUUCACGACCUUCACAACUUGGAUCCAGUGAAAUUCGACGCGUCUCACACUGUAAAUCACAUCUCGUUUGGAAAAUCUUUCCCGGGAAAGAACUAUCCACUUGAUGGAAAAGUGAACACUGAGAAUAGAGGAGGAAUCAUGUACCAGUACUACGUGAAAGUGGUGCCAACUCGUUACGACUAUUUGGAUGGACGUGUGGACCAGAGUCAUCAGUUCUCGGUGACCACUCAUAAGAAGGAUCUUGGAUUCAGACAAGCUGGUCUUCCUGGUUUCUUCCUCCAAUACGAAUUCAGUCCACUAAUGGUUCAAUACGAAGAAUUCAGGCAGUCGCUUGCCUCAUUUUUGGUAUCGCUCUGCGCCAUCGUCGGAGGUGUUUUCGCAAUGGCUCAACUUGUAGACAUCACGAUUUAUCACACAUCACGCUACAUGAAAAGCCGUAUCGCUGGGGGAAAACUUACAUAA